UUGGUCGUCCUACAAUGCAGAACAUUUUUGUUUACUGUCUGGAGGAGCCGUCUACAGAGAAGCUAUGCGCAGUUUCUUGAAAAACAAUCGAAACUAGUAUUUUGUUUUUAUCGAUAAGUAAAUGUAUAAUAUAUUCUGAGUAACGUCUUUCAAAGUUUCGCUUUAGGAUGAUCGAGGUGGUAGCUUCAAUGGCCCGAGGCCCCGUUUUCCUGGCUGGGGAGCUGAUGGAGUGCCUCAUAACGUUCACUAACCCGAUGUCUCACCUUUCCACCUCUGCGAGCAGCGAGAUGCUGGCAUGGGCCAGUGCCCAGAUUCACUGUCAGUUUCACACCAGUGAGCACAGAGUGGCCCUGCCGACCCGGGGCAACAAACAGGACGUCCAGGCUGAAAGCGACACAGUGUUGAUUCCAAGCAGAGGAGAACGAGGACAGUGUGUGCUGGACACCCCCCCCAAGAUAUUAUUUUGUGAUCUGCGAUUAGACCCCGGAGAAAGAAAAACGUAUUCAUAUAGUGAAGUCGUUCCUGUUGAUGGACCGCCCAGUUUCCGUGGUCAAGCAGUGAAGUACGUCUACAAACUGACUAUCGGCUGUCAGAGGGUCAACUCUCCCAUCAAGCUGCUCCGAGUUCCUUUCCGAGUUCUGGUUCUGCAGGGCAUGCCAGAGCCUCCAUUUCUUCAGGAUGAGGCGGUUUCUCCCUCCAACCCCUUCCUGGAGGAAGAGGAAGUGAGCCGCAGGGAUGCCCAGCCUUUGGAGAGAGCACUGGACAUGCUGAUGGUCACCACGUCCAGACGCUCCCCCCACAUGUUUAAUAUCACCAACACGCGUGGAAAAGUGGCAAAGUUUUGCAUCUUCAAGAUGGUUUACAGACUCGGGGAAGAAAUCAUCGGCACAUUCAACUUCUCAGAGGGAGACAUCCCAUGUUUGCAGUAUUCAGUGAGCCUUCAGAGUGAGGAGGAGAUCCAGGAGCAGUACCAGCGCCGGCCCGGACAAGCCGUCAGCGUGACCGGUCAUGGACGACACCUGGAGUCCUGCCUCCACACAGCUUCCAGCCAUUUUUCCCUCCCCAUCCCGCUAAACGUCACGCCCGGCUUCAGCACAGACGUCGUGGCUCUGAGGUGGCGCCUGCAUUUUGAAUUCGUCACGGCCCGGGAUCCCAUGGAACCGCCCACCGUCUUGCAGAACCAGGCAGAGGUCACCAUCUGGGCCGGGGCGGAGCACGUGGAUGUGGACACCUUCAGCUGGAAUCUGCCGAUCAAAGUUCUGCCCACAAACCCAGCUCUUGCCUCCUACGUGUCUCAGUUCACAGGGACCAAUAGCAUUAAUAUUUGAGCGCUGUGCUCUGAAGGGUGAGGUCGAUCACUCAGUGAGAACAAAGUGUGUUUGUAAAUGUGUGUGUGUGAGAGAGAUUUUAUUUUUUCUUUUAUGGAUGAGAAAUAUCAGCACAAAAGUGCAAAUUCCCAAAACAAAGACAUGAUUCCAGGUUAAAUAUAAAGCUAAUGGCUAAUAUUUGCAACCUACUGUAUGAUUUAACAGUCUUUAUUUUUCCAUAUGCAUUUUGAGGUGCAUUUAAAUAUUUUGGGGGGGAACUUUGAAAAUCUUUCCUCUUGGGAAAACGCAAGUCUUUAUCUCCUGAGUAUUUAUUUCUUUUUUCUUUGGACACUAACUGUUCCUCCUGUUUCUUUCUUUGUAACUGCUUUGCUUUCAGUUUUUACAAAGGCCGUGUUGUCAUGGAACAACUGCUGGUGUAAAUAAUAAAAAAAGUCAAUGUUAAAAGUCA